AUGUCUGGUAAAAAUAAGCAACCAGACAUAGACAUGCGAUGCGAGGCUUGUGAAGAGGAUAUCCGUAAAGGCAGUGCAAAGAUAAAAUGUUGUAAUCUAAAUUGUGAAGUUACCCUACAUCAGAAAUGCUUCCUAUCGAUUGCCAAAGUUAUAAAACUAGAAAAAUCCGACUGGCUGUGCAAGAACUGCGAUGAAGAUAGUCACUCAUCAACCACAACCGUGAUAUCGAAUAGCGAUGGAGAUGUAAUUAAGGAGCUUGCUAAAGUGAAGAGUGAUGUUCGGCUACUAACUGAUCUUGUGAAUGAGUUAAAAUCUACUAACAAAAUUUUGCUCAAUAAAAUUGAACAAAUUACAUCCAGCAGGUUUCCCGAUGUACAAAUACAGCAGAAUGCUGAACUUCCCGUACCUUAUAGUCAGGUUGUGUCAAAAACUGUAAGCAAUCAUUCCAAGUCUGUUUUAAUUAUUACGUCAAAUGAUCAAAAAGAAUCAAACUCCGAGGUUUUAAAUACUGUUAAAGCGAAUGUUAACCCUGCUGCCGAGAAAAUAAGUAUCAAUGGUGUUAAGCUUAUAAAAAAUGGAAUGUUGAUUAGUUGCUCUAACGAAGAAUCUUUAGAAAAACUUAAGGGUGUAGUUCAGAAUAAGUUUAACAGUAAGUAUAAAGUAACAGCUCCCAAACCCUUUAAACCCCGUCUCUUGAUUACUGAUGUUGAUAAAUCACUAGAUGAUAGAAACACUUUCCUCGAAUCAAUAGUCCAAAAUAAUGAUUACUUGGCUGAUUGUGAUAUAAAGACGGGUGUCCAAUCGGAGAUGACAUGGGUAGUAAGCGACUAUACGGCCAGCGGCGUCUCGGAACUUUCUGUCACGAAAGGCCAGCAGGUGGAAGUAGUCGAAGUGUGUCUCAGCCGGCCGGACUACUGCCUGGUGCGCAUGCCCGCGCGCGAGCAGGCUACCGUGACGACAUCUGGUGGCGAUACAGUGCAACCGCAACCGCUCGAGGGUCUUGUGCCACUGGCGGUGCUGAAGCAGCCGCCGCAACCGCAGCAAAGGGGUUCGCCGCAACGGACCGCCAGGGGGCAGCAAGCACAGUUGGAGCAGGAUCAAAUAACCGAUGCAGCCUGA